CUUAUACAAAGUCAAUUCAUUAGUAGCUCUUUUGCUGUGCUUUGAGUAACACUCAAGCCUCAAAUAAUAAAUUUUCCAUUAUAGUUUGUGAAGUGCUUUCUAUAAUAUUAAAAAAAAAUAGUUGAAAGUAUGACAAAUGAAAGAGAUAAAAACGAAUACAGCAAGGAUGAACUCAUACCACCAACAUUCCUAAAUAAACACUUCUUUGAAGAUGUUCUACGUGAUACGGAAAAUGAUAAAGAUCUUGAGAUAACAAAAUUUGAAAUGAUUCCCGGUACAAAGCCAGGGGAACACUUUCUCAGUAUAAUGUUUAAAGCCGUUAUAUCCUAUACGUCCAAGGGAAAAGAAAUAUCUUCAAGACCAUUUGUAGUAAAGACACUACCUACAGAAGACAGCACAAAAAAGGAUAUGCUUAGUACAAUGCCCGUUUUCGAUAGAGAAACUGAGAUGUACACUAAAGUUCUCCCAGAAAUGAAAAAGAUUAUGGAGUCAAUAGGAGAUCAUGAUGAAAUUGCUCCAAGGUUGAUUUAUCACAAUACAGAUCCAGACAUUCUCAUCUUCGAAGAUAUAACAAAAUUAGGAUACGAAAUGAAUAAUGGAUUCUACGAUUUUCACAGCACAAUUAAAGUUGUGAAAAAAUUGGCAAAAUUUCACGCACUUUCCAUUUACAUCGAUGAUAAUAAAUACAAACACAAGAUUGAUCUUAAAAAGUACACACCUAUGGUAACAGAAGCUGUGGUUGACAGGCUCAAGGUCUUUUUCGAAGGAUUUGACUAUCUUAAAGAUGAAGUACGAAAUUGGCUGGGAUUUGAAGUAAUUGCCGAUAAACUUGCAGUUCAAAAUGAGACAUUUGUGAAUAAGCUUUUGGACGUUUAUAAACACCCAAAGGCUGAAUUCAAAGUUCUAUGUCAUGGUGAUUACCACGUGAAGAAUAUGAUGUUUAUAAAAUCUGGAGAUAGCAUUGACAAAAUCAUGCUAUUGGAUUAUCAGUUGUCUUUUUGGGCAUCACCAGCAUAUGAUCUAAUUUACCUCUUAUAUGCAUUUGGAAACUCAGAGACUCGAAAACGUAGAGCAGAAAUUUUAUUAAACUACCACGACGCCCUUACUGAAUAUCUCAAUCGGCUGGGAUGCCUGAGAAAACCCCUAUCCUUGUUGGAACUCAAUAUUGAUAUGCUGAAGAUGGGAACAAUAGAACUGCUGUGGGCUGUCUGUUAUUUACCGUAUUAUUGUAUGGACUAUGAAAAAGUGGGUACGGAAACGCUUGUGGAUCCUACUCCUGAAGCAAUGGCUAACAUGAGGAGAAUUAUGUACAGAACCGACACAAUUGUUAACAUUUUGAAAGAAGUUCUCCCAGAAUUUUUACAUAAAGGAAUUUUGGAUUAAAUAAAAAAUUUCCAAAUCUUU